ACACACACACACACGGUCAUGCAGAGAGAGAGAGAAAGCAGAGGGGAGGGAGAAAGAGAGAGAGAGAGAGAGGACGAGCGCCACACACAACGAGGGAACCCCAUCAGCUGGAAGUCGAGUAACAUUACAACUCUCAGCAGCCUGAAACUACUACACUACACAGACGAGGGAUUCAUAUCUUUUCUGAGGUUUUAACCCGCCUCGGAUCACGGGAUUUCUCGUCUCUAACGUCAUAUUUUUUUUCUUCUAUUCUGCGGAGACUGUUUGCUGUUUUUUUAGGAGUGUGGGGGGGGCAAACUGGCGAGAGGCGAGCAUGGAGUAUUUCAUGGUACCAGCUCAGAAGGUGCCCUCCUUGCAACAUUUCAGGAAAACGGAGAAAGAAGUGAUUGGAGGUCUUUGCAGUCUGGCCAACAUUCCUCUGACCCCAGAAACAGCCCGGGACCAGGAAAGGCGAAUUCGCAGAGAGAUUGCUAACAGCAACGAGCGUCGGCGUAUGCAGAGCAUCAAUUCUGGAUUCCAGUCACUUAAAACACUCAUCCCACACAGCGAUGGAGAGAAGCUCAGUAAGGCUGCCAUCCUGCAACAGACAGCGGAGUACAUUUUUACUUUGGAGCAGGAGAAGACGCGGCUAUUGCAGCAGAACAGUCAGCUCAAACGAAUCAUACAAGAGUUAAGUGGUUCCUCCCCAAAGAGACGGCGUGCGGAGGAGAAAGAUGAAGGGAUUGGCUCACCAGACAUUCUAGAGGAGGAGAAGACUGAGGACUUGAGGAGGGAGAUGAUUGAGUUAAGGCAGCAGCUGGAGAAAGAGCGCUCGGUCAGGAUGUUGCUGGAAGAUCAGAUGCGUUCCCUGGAUGCCCAGUUGUACCCAGAGAAACUGAAGGUGUUCACCCAGCAGGUCCAGGAGCACCAGACUCCAACACAGAGCCUUGUCCGUCUGCAGCAGCACAAACAGCUGGAGAGGGACCUCACUCCGGCCCACAGCCCACAGGUGUUGGCCCCGGCUACCCCGCCUGCACCUACACACCAUGCCACAGUCAUCGUCCCUGCGCCUUUCCAGCCUCCCCAGCCCCAUCAUGUCACCGUGGUAACCAUGGGCCCGACAUCAGUUAUCAAUGCAGUGUCCACAUCUCGACACAACCUGGACACCAUCGUUCAAGCAAUCCAGCACAUCGAGGGCACCCAGGGAAAGGGUUGUGUCGGCGAGGAAGAGCAGCGGAGAGCGGUCAUCGUCACUUCAGGGCGUGUCCCCUCCGACGCUGCGGGCUCAGACACGGCCUCAAACAGCGACGGGCCCGACGACUGUUCACUGCCCUGAGUUCAUCCUCGAAGUCUCGCACGCCGUACACUUACAUACGCGCACACACUUACACACAAAAGGCCCCAGCAGACCAGGGCUACAGGAGGCUUCAAACCCACAGCACUCUUGUUUAGUGGACAUUAAUAGGGCUGGUAGACAGAUUGAAGCACUCGUUGUUUUGUUUCUUUUCAGUACACUCUUCCAUGUUGUACUUUGAUAGGCAGCCCAAAUAGGUUUACACUUAGACACUCAUACAUGCAGUCUCUCUUGCGUCUUUUUCUCUGCUUAUCUUUAGCCCCCUGCUCUCCACACACACAAGCUCUUGUCUGUUCAUUAGUUUAUAGAAAGGUUGUUAGAGUGGCUACUUCACCGACUGAUCCAUAAAUGCUCCGUCAGAAUAUCUGCUAAACAUCACCAUUAUCACCAGGACUGUUCUCUUUUAUUCGGCCCUGAAGCAAUGGGACUGAUCCACGAAACAGGAGUCAAAGAAGCCAGCAGUGUGGGUCAUCACCACCCAACAGCAGUGCAUUUUUGUUUUAAGAUGAACAUCCUCCUUCUCUGAAGCUGUUUGGAGAGACACUGUAAGCUAACAAGGCUGUCUCAAAGUUCCACCUUUUAGGCUUCUGGAUGAAAGAAUAUGUUGUUUUACUCUUGUGAAGUCUACUUUUUCAUGUUUUGUUUCUCUAAGGCUCCCUCAGCCAGCAAGUUAAGCGAUUGUACUGGAAAAAAACCCACAAAAGAGCACCACAACGAGAGGAAUUAAAAAGCAGUUUUCAUGGCUGACUGGUGCUCACAGGAAAUGAAGCGAAGCUCGGGAGGAGAGAGUGUGCUUACUGGUUCUCAGCUCUAUUCUUUUUGUUUUGUUUGUUGCCAUUUUUACUGGGCUGGGUUCCCAGUAAGUUCACAUAUGUAUUGGCAUGUUCUUCUUUUUACUCAUGGCCUGACAAACUAAUAUCAGUGCUUUGGCAUUUCUUGACACGCUCCCCUCUUGAAUUUAAAAGCACUUGGUUAAAUAAGAUAAUCUGAGGGCACUCGUGUGUGUGUGUGUGUGUGUGUGUGUGUGUGUGUGUGUGUGUGUGUGUGUGUGUGUGUGUGUGUGUGUGUGUGUGUGUGUGUGUGUGUGUGUGUGUGUGUGUGUGUGUGUGUGUGUGUGUGUGUGUGUGUGUGUGUGUGUGUGUGUGUGUGUGUGUGAGAGAUUUAGCGUUUUGAAUCAGCAGGGCUCAAUGGUGUCCCAGACUCUGGCAGUCUGCAACAACACCGCUUUUACCUUGAAAUAAAGGCACGUGUGUAUGUGCACACAACACUCACACAUACAAAUGUGGCUGACAUACAAUCACUUGUUAGCUCAAAUUUAGGGCUUGUUUAUUUAGCCCUUAACGUUGUUGUUUCUUGUCCAAAUGUUGAGACAUCUAUCAAAGCAGAUAAUACUUUAAAUAUGAGGAACAUGCCCGGUAAAAUUGUUUGAAUGUGCCAUAGAGGUGACUGGGUUGACCACACAUGCUCUAUGCAUUUACUUGCAUAGAUUAUUUGUCCUCUUGCGUGCUCUUUGUCUAGCGUACCAUGCUAUUUACACGUCACUGCUCUGAUCAUAUGUUUUGCCUGGAACUGUUGGUUGACAGACAUUAAGACAUGGAGCUGAGAGAGGCAGCAGCUUGCCUUACUAAUAGCCCGUGGGUGCAGGGAGGCACUGUGAAGCCAACCUUAACAGAACCCCCGGGGUCUGAGAGACGUACCUUAACACUUAAUCUGCGCCGUUUGGUGGCCACUGGAAUCCCUCCGGUUUUCCCCUCAGCUUUCCAAACAGGCUUGUCAACACCCAGGGUGUGUUAGAAUAUAUACUCACAGUUAUUAUGUCUAUUUCACUUAUGCUUUGUUUGAUUAUGUUUGCCACAAACAUGGAACAGGUUGCUGGUAUACCAAUUACAUUCAAGCACUCCUGAUAUUUGUUUGAUAUAAGUAUUGAAAAUGUAUUUGCAACCAUUGGCCCCUUCGUGUGCAUAAAAGCCAGAUGUGUGGGGUAAAAAUUUCCAUAUUGAAAUGUUGACAUUCCAUAAAAUGUUACAGUUACUUUUCAAAAGUGAAACCUGGUCUAUUUAGAGACUACACUUACAUUUAGUGCUUUUGACACAUCACUGCUAUUUUAGAAUUGCGUUAAAUGACAAACUCAUUAUUAGAAUCCCCUGCAUUAAUGCAUAGAUGGAGCUUUGAACUGCUGGACAGAUAAUGCGUUCAAUUGAACGCACCACAUCUAUCAUGAUUAUGUCAUGGAAUUGCCCUUUAAAGAAAUAUUGAUGUCAGCUGCACUGAAAAUGAGUGACGCAUCUGUCAAAUUAAAUCAUGGGACAUUUUCCUAGUACUUAUCACUUUAGGCAGGGGAUUCCUGGAUAUGGAAAACGUGUUUUGAAAGCUCUGCUUUUUACUCUUGAGUAUCUGCAUUUGAUAGUUUUCUGCUGAAACCCAGAGCUGUUCUAUUUCCAUCUGUGUUUUACACUCUGUUCUGUGUGUUACGAAACGUUACAUUGACAUAUCAGCUUGUCAGAUGAGUGGGUUGGGCCUGGGGAUAAUUAAAUGGGGUCAAAAUUACAAAGCACUUACUGUACUAUACUGGAGUCUGCCUCUUUCUUUUGUAUAAAGGGGCAUCUCCUCAGCUGAAGCUCUUUAGGAUAUGAUUAAAAGCCGCACAGCUGUGUAUCCCCCUUUUCCUCCAUGUCCAGACCUCCUACAUCUUGUCCUGUUAGCCCCUCAUCUUUUUUGUUGUUUUUUGCAAAAUCCUUUAUGCCAUCUUUGUUUAUCUAUUGUCAUUAUAUCUUGUGUCCCUUUUACAUUUCGCAGCUCCCUCCUCUCCCUCUCCUUUUGUCUGUUCUCUGUAAUCUUUUUUUUGUUAACCUUUCGGUGCAUAUGGUCGUCAAGAAGCUAUUUUUUGUCUUUGUUUUGUUUUUAAGAGAAAUGUUUUGGGGAUAAAGAGGCUUGUGCCUUUGUAAAGACAGAAUAAUAAAGUUUGUACUUUGUUUUUUACGCAUUGG